AUGGCAGUGGACAAUGUUGGUGUUCGCCACUGUGGUGGCUUAGUUCUUUACCGCCCCAGUGCCCACCUGGACAGCCUAAAGCCAGCAUUUACCCCUAAUAGACUAUCCUGGAACAGUGCUCUUCUAAACAAAAAGUUUGGCUUCGGCAAGAAGCACGCCGAUGGCGAUGACCCAAACCGAUCCGCUCUUUUUGGAAAGAAAGGCUCACCAGCUCAAUCCGACAACCCAUAUGCUCAACCUCAGACUGCGAACGACCCUUAUAUGGCUCCCAACAUGACUCCUUAUCAACAAGUUCGUUCACGCGUUCCUGAUCGUCCAGCCGGUGGUUUACCAAAUGGUCCGGGCCCCCAGAGAGGUUACGGCGCCCCUCCGCUAUCUCGAAAUGACAGCAACCACUCAACCGCAACCACUCUGCCCCCUUACUCUAGUGCUCCACCUUCGGUUGCGGGUGGCUACGCCAACGAUAGAUAUGGGGCUUCCUCGGGCUACGGAGCUAGCAAAUACAGCAACUCGGGCGGUGCAUCGGGUGCUCGUUCUGGUGGUUAUGGUGGACUAGGCCGGUCUGAUAGCAACGACACGGAUUCUAACCGAGAUGCCCUGUUCUCUGGCGCCCGAGAGCGGUACGAUCAGCAGCCUCAUAAUCCAGGUGGUGCCUACGGAGCCUCCGGGGCCUCCGGGGCUUCUGGGGCCGACUCUAAAUAUGGCGGCUAUGGACAAGAACGUGAACUUACAGAAGAGGAGAAGGAUGAGCUUGAGGUCGAUGACAUCAAGCGGCAGAUAAAGCAAGAGAAGUUGGCCACGGCCAACACUGCGGAGAACACUGCGCGCAUCGGUCAGCAAACAGUGGAAUUAGCUUCACAAACACUUGCUCGCCUCGGCGGACAAGCGGAGCGGCUCAACUACACCGAGAACCUCAUAGAUCGGGGUGGCUUUGCGAGUAGGGAAGCUGAAGAGCAGACUAAGAAACUCAAAAGUCUGAACCGAAGCAUGUUCGCUGUUCACGUCGGCAACCCCUUUACUGCCAACAAGAGGAACAACGAGAUGGAACAGAGAGUUCUAGAUCAAAACCGCAGCGAACGGGAACAGCGAGAGUCAACGCGGAAAGACGGGUACCAGGGUAAUAUGCGCAUGGAAUCCGCCUUCCGCCAAGUUGACGCCAGCGCAAAGAAUGGUGUCUGGCAAAAGCAGAGCGCUGCCGAGAAGUCUAAGUAUUCAUUCGAAGAUGAUGACGAAGACGAGGAGACGGAGGAUAGAAUCGACGACAACAUGAACAAGACGGCCCAAUCCGUCAGCCAGCUCAACACCCUCGCACAUCUCUUGGGCAACGAAAUUGAUUCACAAAACAAGGUCAUCGACAGAAUUGGCAACAAGAGCGACAAACUCAACGAUGCUACAGCAGUGCAAGUACGCCGACUGCACAACAUAAGAUAG